AUGGUGCUUGCGGAGCUGGGGCAGAGGGUAACGCAGGCCCUUGCCUCCCUUUCUGCCGCCCCCGUCAUCGAUGAGGCGGUAUUGGACGCCUGCUUGAAAGAGAUCGCGGCUGCCCUGCUGCAAGCGGAUGUCAAUGUCCGGCUGGUUGCCAGCCUGAGGAACAAUGUCAAGAAGAGGGUGAACGUCUCAGAACUGGGGAGGGGCCUCAGCAAGCAGCGCAUCAUUGAAAAGGCUGUGUUUGACGAGCUGUGCAGCAUGAUCGAGGGUGGCCAGGCUGCGCAGCAGGAGUUCAAGAAGGGGCGGACGAAUAUCGUUAUGUUUGUCGGGCUGCAAGGUGCUGGAAAGACGACCACGUGUACAAAGUAUGCGCACUACUAUAAACGCAAGGGCUUCAAACCAGCCAUGGUCUGUGCGGACACUUUCCGAGCAGGAGCUUUCGAUCAGCUGAAGCAGAAUGCUACAAAAGCGCAGAUUCCAUUUUACGGGAGCUACACCGAGACAGAUCCGGCGGUGAUUGCUCAGCAAGGUGUCGAACGGUUCAAGCAGGAGAAGCGGGACCUGAUCAUUGUCGAUACGUCAGGUCGCCACAAGCAGGAGGAGUCCCUUUUUGAGGAGAUGCGGCAGGUGGCUGCCGCCGUACAGCCAGACCAUGUCAUCUUUGUCAUGGAUGGCUCUAUUGGACAGGCGGCGUUUGAUCAAGCCAAGGCGUUCCAUGACUCUGUGGAUGUUGGGCAAGUGAUCAUCACGAAACUGGACGGGCAUGCCAAGGGUGGCGGCGCUCUGUCGGCUGUCGCGGCCACCCAGUCACCCAUCACCUUCAUUGGGACAGGUGAACACAUGCACGAGUUUGAGCACUUCGAGGCCAAGAAGUUUGUCGGACGACUUCUUGGGAAGGGUGAUUGGGGCGGCUUCAUUGACAAGGUCAAGGAUGCCAUCCCCGAGGAGGACCAGCAGCAGGAGCUGAUUGAGAAGAUCUCCAAGGGCGAGUUCACCCUGCGCAUCAUGUACGAGCAGUUCCAGAACAUCAUGAAGAUGGGACCCAUGAGCCAGGUCAUGAGCAUGAUUCCCGGCUUCAGCAACGCCAUCAUGCAACCGGGGUCCGAGAAGGAAAGCCAGGCCAAGCUGAAGCGAUUCAUGACCAUCAUGGACUCCAUGACCGCCAAGGAGCUGGACUCCUCCUCCACCAAGAUCUUCAGCGAGCCCUCCAGGAUACUACGAUGGGCUCGUGGCAGCGGAAGCUCUGUAAUCGAUGUACAACUCAUGCUGGAGGAGUACAAGCGGCUGGCCAAGGUGUUCUCAACCGCCAUGAAGGGCAUGAAGAUUCCCAAGAACCUCAAGGGCGACAUGAACCCCAGGAACAUGCAGGCCAACAUCGCUCAGAUGAGCAAGAUGCUGCCGCCACACAUGCUAAAGAUGAUGGGUGGCCCCGGCGCCAUCCAGAACCUGAUGAAGCAGAUGGAGGGCAAAUUCUGA